UUGUCUUCAAAUUAGACAAAUUUGGGGAGAAAAUAAAACAAAUCCGCUGAACUGUAUAAAACCAAUAUGAGCGUAUUAGCUUUAUAGUACUACCGUUCUCUCGCGAAAAUACGGUACGGAACAGGAUCUAUCGUUGCCAAGUAAUAUUAUGUCAAACCAAUAAUUAUGGUGUGCAUGUUAACAGUUCUAACAACAUGCAAGUUGUCAGAACCAUUAUCCAAGCGGAAGAAUAAAAGCUGUCAGAACAAAUCCAAGCUGUCAGAACAAUCAAGCAGAAGAAUAAAAGCUGUCAGAACAAUCAUCCAAGCUGUCAGAACAAUCAAGCGGAAGAAUCGUGCAAGCUGUCAGAACAAUCAGUCAGAACAAUCAUACAAGCUGUCAGAACAAGCUUCCUGUAAUUCUCUUAUAACAUAACCUGUAACUGUUGGUAUCGAUGACUUAAACACCUACUGAAAGGAAAUAACAAUUAGAAGGGAAACGAUUGCUGCACUAGUAAAACAUACGUUCAGCAACUAUACGAUAAGUCUAUAUAUAUAACAACCUCUCUAUAUCAAGCCAGUGGUAGAGUUUCAACAGUGAAUUAUGGAGCUAAACACUGCCUACGAUGUUGUGCAUGGUAACAGAGAAAUACAAGCAAUUGAUUUGCAGGAAAGCAUUGCCUACAAUGUCAACCAGAGAAGUCUCACCCAAACAGAUAAUGAGUACAGUACCAUUGAGAACACUGGAUACAAUACUGCUGGAUACUAAAUCUACCGAAAGUGUUUUGGACAACAAAAGCAACACAAAGAGAAUAAGGCAAGAAGUGGCUAAAAAUGAAUAAUUAUGGUAAAAAACGAUUUGCAAUUCUUGUCAUCGUAGCUUUUGUUCUGUCUCUGUUGGUAGCUGUGGCAGCACUGGUCUACACCAAUAUAGAGUUGAAGAAUCAGAUGAUCAGUACCAAUAAGCAAAUACAGUCCAUGAACGAGCAACUGAACAACCAAUCCAGUCAACAGAUUCAAAUCCUACAAGCUCAACUCAGUCAUUCAAUUUUACUCCUUCAAAACAACUUUUCUGAGCAGCUGAGCAGUACUAAUAAACAAGUACAGUCUACCAACGAGCAACUGAACAACCAAUCCAGUCAACUCAGCAAUUCAAUCGUAGCUCUUUCAAGUAAUACUUCUGAGCAAAAUGAAAUUAUUAUUCGAGACCUCAAUGACCUGCAGUCUAUUUUUGCUGAGUUAUAGGUCCAAUGGCAUUCUAUCCUGGAACAAUCAACAACCCAGCUAACUCUUGCAGUGACAUCCCUCAAGAUCGACCAUCUGGAGAAUACUGGAUUGCCACUGGUUCUCCUGUUCAGGCCUACUGUGACAUGAAUCGAACAAGCUGUAGCUGCAACACUGCAGGAGGAUGGAUGAGGGUAGCCAACCUUGACAUGACUGAUCCCAACCAAAACUGCCCAGAGGGAUUGAGACUGGUAACCAGGACAGAACCACCAUUGCAUACUUGUGGCCGAGAAGGACCAGGAUGUACUUCUACUACCUAUUCAACGUAUGGGGUGGAGUAUUCGAAAGUUUGUGGUCGAAUCAUUGCAUAUCAAAAUAAUACUCUGGAUGCUUUCACUCCAUAUUUCAUUAAUAUAUCUUUAUCUAUUGAUGAUGUUUACGUUGAUGGUGUGAGCCUAACCUAUGGACAGUCGCCUCGUCAGCACAUCUGGACAUUUGCUGGUGCAGUCGAUGAAACUCGAUCCGAUGCUCAUGUGUGUCCUUGCACAAGACCUGACCUCCCCUACCCUAGAGUUGUACCUCCCUUCAUUGGUCAAGACUACUUCUGUGAAACUGGAAGCCUACAGCGCUUUAUUUAUAAUACCUUCUAUUCUGAUGAUCCACUCUGGGAUGGUCAGGGAUGCGGGGGUACCAGUACUUGCUGUGAGUUCAACAAUCCACCGUGGUUCUGCAAGCAACUCCCUCAACCAACUACAAACGAUAUCGAAUUGAGGAUUUGUGGUGAGCAAUCUUUAGUCGAUGAAGACACACCAAUUGAGAUUGCCGAAAUAUACAUCCGCUGAACAUGUUUUCGUUUCUAUUCAUAAGCUAGCUCUCAAGAGUAGAAACUGAAUAAUAGCAUACAGUGCUUAUAAUUUUAUACAUUUGGAACAUUAAUCAUGUAACUUGAUACGCAUGUUCAUAAUAUAGAUUAUAAUAUAUUAUAUAUUAUUUGAAUCAGUGGAAAUUGUUCAUACUAAUUUUUUCAUGGUUAUUUUUAUUUA